AUGACCAUUUACUCAUUUUUUAUAUUUGAUCGUCACUGUAAUUGCAUUUAUAACAGAGAGUAUACCCAUGUUGCCUCCUCGAACGAUACUUUAUCAGGACAAAUAAAUAAAAGUAAUGAUUCCAAUAGUUCGAAAUUAUUAUUUGGUAUUUUGUAUUCUUUGAAAACAAUAUCUAAUAAAUUGGCUGAUGACGACGAAACUGAAAUGAAUGAAUUGAAAUCGUUCAACAUUGGGUCAUUUAAAGUCCAUUUCUGGGAAUCAUUAUCACGGUUUAAAUUUGUUAUUGUCACCAAUGGAGAAGUUAAUCAAUUGUCCGAUGUAUUAUUUGAAUUAUAUCUGAAUUAUUUCAUUAAAUAUGUUGUUAAAAAUGGAUUGAUGCCUGUGGAAUUCAGUGCUGAUGGAGAAUAUAGCAAGAUAAACAAUGGCAAAUUUAUUGAAGAAACUGAUAACUAUUUACAAUCGUUGUCAAUAUUUUGA